GGCGGAGACGGAAAAAUCCAACCGGAUCCAGAGUGGGAAUUUCGGCCUUUUCCCAGGAUUCCGGACGUGUGUCCUGGCCAACCAUUGGCUGGACGACGGCGAGGGCCGGAUCCGGAGGGCCCGGCUCAUGGAUCUGCUCCGGAGGCACUUCCACCUGGUGCUGGAAUCCUGCCGGAUCGGGAUGGGAAAACCGGAUCCCGGGAUCUUCUCCCGCGCCCUGGAAGAGCUGCGGGCGGAGCCGCGGGAGGCCAUCCUGCUGGAUGAGAUCCCGGAAAACCUGGAGGCGGCGCGGGAGAUGGGAAUGGCCACGAUCCUGGUGCGGGACACGGACACGGCGAUCACGGAGCUGGAGAAGCUCUCGGGGCUCCAGGUGGGGAUUCCCGGGAUUCCUGGCAUUCCUGGGAUUCCUGAGGGAGCUGGAGCAGCUCUGGGGUGUCCAGAUGGGAAUUCCCAGGAUUCCUGGCAUUCCCAGGAUUCCUGAGGGAGCUGGAGCUGCUCUGGGGUGUCCAGCUCCGGAGCCUGGAGGAGCCGAUCCCGAAUCCGGGCGAUCCAUCGGAUGUCGCCCACGGAUACGUCCCCAUCCGGGUACUGGGAAUCUCUGGGAUUGGGAUGGGCUGGGAAUGUGUGGGAUCCAAGGAAUGUGUUGGGAAUGUGUGGGAUCCAAGGAAUGUGUUGGGAAUGUGUGGGAUCCAAGGGAUAUCCUGGGAAUGUGUGAGAUCCAAGGGAUGUGUUGGAUAUCCUGGGAAUGUCUGGGAUCCAAGGGAUGUGUUGGAUAUCCUGGGAAUGUGUGGGAUCCAAGGGAUGUGCCGAGUGUGCUGGGAAUGUCUGGGAUUGGGAUG